CUUCAAGAUUUGAGUGUAGAGUUACCAAGUUUUCAGAGAGAGAAAAAGAUUGAGAUGGGAGACAUGGAAGCUGGAGCUGAAGUAGACAUUUGGAAUUAUGUCUUCGGAUAUGUUAAAAUGGCCGUCGUUAAAUGUGCCAUUGAGCUCGGGAUUGCCGAUGUUAUUGAAAACCAUGGAAGUCCCAUGCCACUGUCCGAGCUAACCACCACCCUCCGCUGCGAACUGUCGCGUCUCCACCGCAUUAUGCGGUUCCUCGUCCAUUACCAAGUAUUCAAAGAAGAACCCAUUGGCCAAGACUCCAUGGGGUUCUCAUUGACGCCAUUGUCUCGUCGUUUGAUAAAACAUGGAGAAAAAAAUAUGGUGCCCUUAAUACUGUUAGAGUCCAGCCCUACUAUGUUAGCUCCAUGGCAUAGUCUCAGCACUCGUGUCCUCGAGAGCGGCGAUAUUUCGCCAUUCGAAGCCGCGAACGGGGACGAUAUAUGGAGCUACACCGAGGCGAACUCCGGUCAUAGCGAUUUGAUUAAUGAAGCGAUGGCUUGUAGUGCCAGAGUGACAGUGCCGGCGAUAAUUGAAGGAUGUCCCGAAGUGUUCGAUGGGGUCGAAAGUUUGGUUGAUGUCGGAGGAGGUAACGGGACUGCUUUGAGUCUUUUAGUCAAGGCAUUCCCAUGGAUUCGAGGCAUCAACUUUGAUCUCUCUCAUGUCGUUGCCGUUGCACCGAAACUCAACGGCAUCGAAAACGUAGGAGGCGACAUGUUCAUGUCUAUCCCAAAUGCCGACGCUGCUUUCUUCAUGUGGGUUUUGCAUGAUUGGAAUGACGAGGAAUGUAUUAAGAUCCUAAAGAAAAGUCGAGAAGCGAUCCCAAAAUCCAAAGGUAAAGUUAUAAUUGUUGAGGCAGUGGUUGAAGAAGAUAAUAAAAGCGACGAGCUCGGAUUCGUAAGGUUGAUGCUAGAUAUGGUGAUGAUGGCUCAUACUGAUAAAGGGAAAGAGAGGACUUUAAAAGAAUGGAGCUAUGUUCUCCGAGAGUCGGGAUUUACUCGAUUCAACGUAAAAUCCAUACGCGCAGUUCAAUCCGUCGUUGAAGCUUAUCCUUAGAGAAAAAUCUCCACAACGAUCCACCUACUGUCAACAAUAAAAUCUCUGUUGUACGAGAGAUGUUUAGUCUGCUCUUUGUUUCGUAGUUUGGUCUGCAUUUCCGUUUGUUCUCUUGAUUUCAACAUUUAAUAAAAUUAAAAAAAAUUGGUUUUA